CUCCAUAGUAACAAUGACAAAACAAGCCAGUUCAACACCAGGCAGGCAAAAGGGGUGAUUGCGGCUGCUGAACAGAAGCACACAGACUUGCUGCCGUGGAGUCUCGUUCAGGAGGAGCACGAGUUCGGAGAGGAUCUGCAAAGUGGAGUAAAAAAAAGCAGAGAGGAAACAGGGAAGUUUUUUUUUUUAGUUUUUUUUAUGAGUCCGAAAGUGCUGUGAGGCAACACGUGAAGGGGGGACACUCAGUCAUUCCCUUGCAGCAUGGACAGGGACAGCCACAGCGAGGACACUUUGUCCACCAUGGUUCUGGAGAACAUUAAAAACAAACUGAUUCACGCCUUCAGGGCGACAGGAGAGUCCAGAGAGGAUCCUCAGGAGUCUGGCUCCACUGACAGACCGGUCAGCCUCGGCAGGAGUUUCCAAGCCAACGAGGAGCUGCGGAGGGCGCAAAUAGAUGGAGCGAUAACCUGGCUGAGGUCUGAGCUGCUGGAGAUGCGUUCGCAGGACCUCCAGCUGGCUCAGACGCUGCUGGGGCUCAACACAGAGAUACAAAGACUGAGGAGGGAGAGUCUUGGAGGGGUGGAAGUAGAGGGGGACGAUCAGCAGUGACCCGGUGGAAAAAAAAAGCUCUUUAGAUGAAAUCAG